AUGAGCACAGAGACCUUCUCCGGCACAGGCACCGGAGGAGACUCGCUCACGCAAAAUUUGAACCUCCAAUUUGAAGGUGCAGACAUGGUCUGGGUGGGGAUCUCCUCCGUGUUGGUGUGGCUCAUGAUCCCUGGUGUUGGAUUGUUGUACUCCGGUAUCAGUAGGAAAAAGCACGCGCUUUCCUUGUUGUGGGCCUCGGUAAUGGCCGCGUGUGUCACCACGUUCCAGUGGUUUUUCUGGGGCUACUCGCUUGUGUUCUCACAUUCAAACAAGUCCCAGUUUUUGGGCGACUUGACCAAUUUCUGCUUGAUGGAUGUGCUUGGAGCGCCCAGUGUGGCCAGCUCGGUGCCGGACAUCUUGUUCUGUUUUUUCCAGGGCAUGUUUGCUUGUGUCACGGCCAUCUUGAUGGUCGGUGCAGGCUGUGAGAGAGCCCGCUUGUUCCCCAUGAUGGUGUUUCUUUUCAUCUGGUUGACGGUGGUUUACUGCCCCAUUGCAUACUGGGUGUGGGGCGGAAACGGCUGGUUGAUCAACUUGGGAGGCUUGGACUUCGCUGGAGGUGGCCCCGUGCACGAGAACUCGGGCUUCGCCGCUUUGGCCUACUCGCUUGUCUUGGGAAAGAGACACGACCCCUUGACCAACGGCAAGAUGCCAAAGUACAAGCCGCACUCGGUCACGUCCAUUGUUUUCGGUACCGUUUUCUUGUGGUUCGGCUGGUUCGGCUUCAACGGUGGCUCCACUGGUAACGCCACCAUCAGAUCCUGGUAUGCAUGUGUCAACACCAACAUCGCCGCGGCCAGCGGUGGCUUGACCUGGAUGUUUGUGGACUAUUUCAGAACGGGCGGCAAAUGGUCCACGGUAGGCUUAUGUAUGGGUGCCAUUGCCGGGCUUGUGGGCAUCACGCCUGCCGCCGGAUAUGUGCCUGUGUACACCGCCAUUAUCUUUGGCGUGGUGCCUGCCGUGGCAUGCAACUUUGCCGUUGACUUGAAGAACAUCUUGCGCAUCGACGAUGGUAUGGACGUGUUUGCCUUGCACGGUGUGGGCGGAUUCCUCGGCUCCGUGAUGACUGGCUUGUUUGCUGCGGACUACGUCGCAGCCACAGACGGCUCCACUGUGAUUGACGGCGGCUGGAUGAACCAACACUACAUUCAGUUGGGCUACCAGUUGGCCGGCUCUGUUUCCAUUGGCGCCUGGUCGUUUGUGGUCACGUCCAUCAUUUUGCUUGCCAUGGACAGGGUGCCUUUCUUGAGAUUGAGAUUGCACGAGGACGAAGAGUUGAUGGGCGUUGACUUGGCCGAGAUCGGCGAGUAUGCCUACUACUUCGAGGAGGAGGGGCCCGACAUGAUGGGCCCACAAUCUUCGCCCUAUGUCUUGGAGCCCAUCAGGUCAACAGACCCCAAGGAGAAGGAAGCCAAGACACAGGAGCCCGUCGAUGGCAUUGCGUCGAAUGGCGAGACGUUUUCUCCCGAUGAGUCCGAGGAACACAGCAAGGCGUGA